ACUUUCCCUGAGCGCAGGCCCCGCGCUGCUCGCCGGCCCCCGGGCUGGGGGCGCUUCCUCUCCGCCGCCGCUCCGGGCGGCCGUUGCCGCGCGCCCGGGGACUUCAGCGGCCCACAGUGACCCGCCGCCGGCUCCUCUCCGGCCCUCUGCUCGGGGAGCCUGUCCUCCCCGCGGGGUCCGCCGGCGCUAUGGAGCGCUCGGCAGGUCCGCCCCGGGGCGGCUUUGCGGGCCAGGUUUUCGAAAGCAGAGCCCCGGGGACCCCGCUGGACUGUGGCGUGCGGGACCACGGUCCCCGAGCCGACCCCCAGGCGCCGCGAGGGGCUGCUGCCGGGGCUCCCCACCCGGCGCCCGAGCUGCCGCCGUGCUCCGGGGCUGCGUUCCUGCCUGCCACCCCCGACCCGGAGGAGCUGAGCGCCGGAGGGCUGCGCCCCGCACGGGCCAGUUCGGCGCCCGCGACGCCGAGACAGCCCCCGGACUCUGCCAGGUGGAUGUUGUGCGUAGCCGGAGACAAGUUGAAGAGAGAACUCGAUGCCACCGCGACAGUGUUGGCGAACCGUCAGGAUGAAAGCGAACAGUCCAGGAAGCGGCUCAUCGAGCAGAGCCGCGAGUUCAAGAAGAACACUCCAGAGGAUUUGCGCAAGCAGGUAGCGCCGCUGCUGAAGAGCUUCCAGGGGGAGAUUGAUGCACUGAGUAAAAGAAGCAAAGAAGCUGAGGCGGCCUUCUUGAAUGUCUACAAGAGACUGAUCGACGUUCCAGAUCCCGUGCCAGCUCUGGACCUGGGGCAGCAGCUGCAGCUCAAAGUGCAACGCCUGCACGACAUCGAAACAGAGAACCAGAAACUUAGGGAGACGCUCGAAGAAUACAACAAGGAAUUCGCCGAAGUGAAAAACCAAGAGGUUACGAUAAAAGCACUUAAAGAGAAAAUCCGAGAAUACGAGCAGACACUGAAGAGCCAGGCCGAGGCGAUCGCGCUCGAGAAGGAACACAAGCUGCAGAAUGAUUUUGCCGAGAAGGAGAGACAGCUGCAAGAGACUCAGAUGUCGACCACCUCGAAGCUGGAGGAAGCAGAACACAAACUUCAGACUCUGCAAACAGCCCUGGAAAAAACUCGAACAGAAUUAUUUGACCUGAAAACCAAAUACGAUGAAGAAACUACUGCAAAGGCCGACGAGAUCGAAAUGAUCAUGACUGACCUGGAAAGAGCAAACCAGAGGGCAGAGGUGGCUCAGCGAGAGGCGGAGACCUUACGGGAGCAGCUCUCCUCGGCCAACCACUCUCUCCAGCUGGCCUCCCAGAUCCAGAAGGCGCCGGAUGUGGAGCAGGCCAUAGAGGUGCUGACUCGCUCCAGCCUAGAAGUUGAGUUGGCCGCCAAGGAGAGAGAGAUCGCCCAGCUGGUGGAGGACGUGCAGAGACUCCAGGGCAGCCUCACCAAGCUKCGGGAGAACUCCGCCAGCCAGAUCUCCCAGCUGGAGCAGCAGCUGAGCGCCAAGAACAGCACGCUCAAGCAACUGGAAGAAAAGCUCAAAGGCCAGGCCGACUAUGAGGAGGUGAAGAAAGAACUGAAUAUCCUGAAGUCCAUGGAGUUCRCGCCGGCUGAGGGAGCUGGGACGCAGGAUGCAGCCAAGCCCCUGGAGGUGCUGCUGCUGGAGAAGAGCCGCUCCCUGCAGUCGGAGAACACRGCGCUGCGCGUCUCCAACAGCGACCUGAGCGGGUCAGCCAGGAGAAAAGGGAAAGACCAGCCUGAGAGUCGGCGCCCUGGACCCUUGCCGGCCUCCCCUCCUCCUCAGUUGUCCCGCAACGCGGGGGAGCAGGCUUCCAAUACUAAUGGUACACACCAGUUCUCACCAGCGGGGUUAAGUCAAGACUUUUUCAGCUCAUCCCUGGCAAGCCCCAGCCUGCCCCUGGCUUCUACAGGAAAAUUUGCACUAAACUCUCUCCUCCAGCGGCAGCUCAUGCAGUCCUUCUACUCCAAGGCCAUGCAGGAAGCAGGAAGCACAAGCAUGAUUUUUUCAACAGGUCCAUACAGCACAAACUCCAUAUCUUCCCAAAGUCCAUUACAACAAAGCCCAGACGUAAAUGGCAUGGCCCCAUCCCCCAGCCAGUCAGAAAGUGCUGGGAGCGUCUCCGAGGGCGAGGAGAUAGACACUGCAGAAAUCGCCCGACAGGUCAAAGAGCAGCUGAUCAAGCACAAUAUCGGACAGCGCAUUUUCGGACAUUAUGUCUUGGGACUGUCUCAAGGGUCUGUGAGUGAGAUCCUGGCCCGGCCGAAGCCAUGGAAUAAGCUGACCGUCCGCGGCAAGGAGCCGUUCCACAAGAUGAAGCAGUUCCUCUCAGACGAGCAGAACAUCUUGGCUCUUCGCAGCAUCCAAGGCAGACAAAGAGAGAAUCCAGGCCAGAGCCUGAACAGACUAUUUCAGGAAGUACCGAAACGAAGAAAUGGGUCUGAAGGUAACAUCACCACCCGCAUCCGAGCCUCUGACACUGGUUCCGAUGAAGCAAUCAAGUCCAUCCUGGAACAAGCCAAGAGGGAGCUUCAAGUACAGAAAACUGCAGAGCCAGCCCAGCCGUCUUCCGCAUCCAGCAGYGGGAACUCUGACGAUGCCAUCCGCUCCAUCCUGCAGCAAGCCCGCCGGGAAAUGGAGGCCCAGCAGGCCGCCCUAGACCCUGCCUUAAAACCAGCGCCGCUGUCCCAGCCUGACCUCGCCCUCCUGACCCCCAAGCUCCUGUCGGCCGCACCCAUGCCCACCGUGCCCGGUUACUCUCCUCUCGCUAUCUCCCUGAAGAAGACGCCCACCGCCCCCGAGGCCAGUGCCCCGGCCCUGCCCAGUGCCCCAGCCCUCAAAAAGGAGGCCCAGGAUGUGCCCGGGCUGGACCCUCAGGGAGCAGCUGAUGCUGCACAAGGGGUCCUGAGGCACGUGAAGAGCGAGCUGGGCCGCGGCAGCGGGUGGAAGGACCACUGGUGGAGCCCGGUACAGCCUGAGAGGAGAAACCCCCCUUCCUCCGAGGAGCCGAAGGCCGAAGAAACUGGGGGCGGGAGAGAAAGGGUCAGUGGCCAGCCCAGGGCCGAGCGCAGCCAGCUCCCAGGACCUUCGUCAUCAUCAGAGUGCUGGAAAGAGUGGCCGAGUGCCGAGUCCCCGUACUCCCAGAGCUCAGAGCUGAGCGUCGCUGGAGCCAGCCGCAGCGAAACACCCCAGAACAGCCCCCUGCCAUCCUCCCCAAUCGUGCCCAUGGCAAAGCCCGCGAAGCCCUCAGUCCCUCCACUGACCCCUGAGCAGUACGAGGUCUACAUGUACCAGGAGGUGGACACCAUCGAGCUCACCCGGCAGGUCAAGGAGAAGCUGGCCAAGAAUGGCAUCUGCCAAAGGAUCUUCGGGGAGAAGGUGCUGGGCCUGUCCCAGGGCAGUGUGAGUGACAUGCUGUCCCGGCCGAAGCCCUGGAGCAAGCUGACCCAGAAGGGCCGGGAACCCUUCAUCCGGAUGCAGCUGUGGCUGAACGGCGAGCUGGGCCAGGGUGUGCUGCCCGUGCAGGGCCAGCAGCAAGGGCCAGCCCUCCACUCGGCRACAUCUCUGCAGGACCCGCUCCAGCAGGGCUGCGUGAGCUCAGAAAGCACUCCAAAGACCUCCGCCAGCUGCAGCCCUGCCCCCGAGUCCCCGAUGAGUUCCAGYGAGUCCGUGAAGAGUCUGACAGAGCUGGUCCAGCAGCCCUGUCCCCCCAUCGAGACCAGUAAAGAUGGCAAACCACCAGAACCCACCGACCCGCCGGCUCCAGACUCCCAGCCUACAACCCCUCUGCCUCUCUCCGGUCACUCAGCCCUCAGCAUCCAGGAGCUAGUAGCCAUGUCUCCAGAGCUGGACACCUACGGCAUAACCAAGAGGGUUAAGGAGGUGCUGACGGACAACAACCUUGGUCAGCGCUUGUUUGGGGAGACCAUCCUGGGGCUCACCCAAGGCUCCGUCUCUGACCUCCUCGCCCGCCCUAAGCCCUGGCACAAGCUUAGUCUGAAGGGACGGGAGCCCUUUGUCCGGAUGCAGCUGUGGCUAAAUGACCCCAAUAACGUGGAGAAGCUGAUGGACAUGAAGCGGAUGGAGAAGAAAGCCUACAUGAAACGAAGGCACAGCUCCGUCAGCGACAGCCAGCCCUGUGAGCCCCCCGCGGUGGGCAUUGACUACAGCCAGGGCGCCAGUCCCCAGCCACAGCACCAACUGAAGAAGCCCCGMGUGGUGCUGGCUCCCGAAGAGAAGGAGGCUCUGAAGCGAGCCUAUCAGCAGAAGCCAUACCCGUCACCAAAAACCAUCGAGGAGCUCGCCACCCAGCUCAACCUGAAGACCAGCACCGUCAUCAACUGGUUCCACAACUACAGGUCUCGGAUCCGCAGAGAGCUCUUCAUCGAGGAGAUCCAGGCCGGGAGCCAGGGCCAGGCAGGCGCCAGCGACUCGCCGUCGGCCCGGAGCGGCCGCGCCGCGCCCAGCUCGGAGGGCGACAGCUGCGACGGCGUGGAGGCCGCCGACGCCGAGGAGCCGGGCGGCCCCGCGGCCGCCGCCAAGUCUCAGGGAGGGCCGGCCGAGGCGGCCUCGGCCCCGGCGCCGCGGGAGGAGGCGCCGCGGCCGGCGGAGAGGGCGGAGCCGCCGCCGCCGGGGACCCCGGGCCCGGACGACGCCGACGACGCGGGACGGCCCCGGCCGCCCGAAGGCCCCGACGGCCCGGCGCCCGUGCCAAACCCCGCUGCCGCGCCCGCGGCCGGGGAGGACGCCGCUACCUCAGCCGCYGCGCCCGCAGAGGGCCCCGGCGCGGCCCGGGACGGCGCCGAGCGGAGUUGCGCCUUGCCAAGCACCAGCGCGCCCGCGGCCGCGCGCAGGCCCAGCUCGCUGCAGAGCCUCUUCGGCCUGCCCGAGGCGGCGGGCGCCCGGGACUCGCGGGACAACCCCCUGCGCAAGAAGAAGGCCGCCAACUUGAACAGCAUAAUCCACCGCCUGGAGAAGGCCGCCAGCCGGGAGGAGCCCAUCGAAUGGGAGUUCUGAGGGCGCCCGCCGGCCUCGCCCGGGCCGCGGCCGCGGAGCGCCUGCCCAGCCCGGCCAGUCCGCGAGGGCGGCGCGCCGCAGGACCGCGCUGCGCACUUACCGCCCUGCGGGCCACAGGGCAAAAUCGCCAUAGGCCAAGGUGCAUAUAGAAAACAAAGGAGCAUUAAGCCCAAUCUAUGUCGUGUUUUCAAGGAAGAAAACGGAAAUGUGUAGUCGAGCUUUUUUGUACCCUGAAGUGUUUUUUUUAUUGCCCUAAGUGAUUUCCACAGGUUCUGGAAUAACUCUUACAGCUUUGCCUUGCGCCCUCCUCUUUCGUGUGGGCUUAAAAAAAAAAAAAAUCAAACCCACAUAUUAAAAGGGGGCUUUUUAUCUGCCAUCUGAUGGCUUCAGAGCGAUAAUACACUAUUAUCUUCUUAAACCAGGAAAAGGGUGGGGGGGGAUUUUUCAGAAAAAUUAAAAAAGAAAGUUUUUGUAGCUGUUCAGUUGCCACUAAGAGAUUGCACAGUCAAACCGACUCUAAACACACUAGUUUGGAUUCCUAAAUAUUUUCAAGAAAAGAAUCUUCUCGUUUGAAACUUUGACUUAAAAUAAAACACAUUUACUCCACAUAUUUUUUAACAAAAAAGAAAAGUCACAUCAGGAAAAUAUCUGAUUUUGUGGUAGCUGACCGUAGUGUUUUCUCGUAYGUGAAUAGAAUCCUGACAUGUAGUGCACAUUGAUCCAUAGCUUUAACUGACCCUGGGCUUUUGCCGACCAGGGUUUGUUUAAUACACUCCAUUCUAGGCCAAAUCAGGACAAAAAGAAAAGAUCCGAAUCUAGGUAUUUUAUAAUCUGCUUUUUAACCUCUAACCGCAGAGCACGCUGAUCAGACCUCAUAUCUGGGAGGUUUAGGAGACAAGUUAGAACUGUAGCAUGUACCCAUUCAUUUUGUUAAUUUAUGGAGUCCUGUCUGUGUUCGUGCGUCCGCCCAUGUACGAGCAUUGAGAGAAAGGGAAGAGUAGGCCGACAUGGUGGCGGCAGGCAGUCCUGGGCCAGGCUGGCCCGCCGUGCAGCACUCCGCACUGGGCACCUCACUUCCCACCACCGCCCUGGCUCCCAUGGGAAGGGGCGGCCUGGGCCUGGGCCAGGCUGGUGCCCACGCGCGCUCUUUCCCCUUCUUCCCACCACAAGCACUGAUGACCCCAUGGAACUCGUGGGAAGCUUCCUUCCCUGCAGAAGAGAAUGUGGCAGUCUGGGCUGCGCUCCCACCCCUGUAGAGAAGCCCACACUCGCACACAAUGCUGAUGCUCUUCACUUCCAGACCAGACCAUUGGCCCUUCAUCCAUUUCGCCUCUUGGAAGGUUCUUUUAUGCACAGUUUAGGGCAGUCUAAGUACAAAUCAAAAGUCUAACUUGUCUCGGAUUCCUCCUGUUGUCUAUGUGUAUACGCGUGAGAAUAGAGGUGGAUGAGAGUGUGCGUGCGUGCGUGUGUGCAAUUUUAUACGUCUGUGUAUUUUCUUAAGUACCUGUGCACACAUAGAGUGCAUUACUGCCACCUUUUUCAAUAAGCUGUUUAUCAGUUAUGGCUUCUACAAGUUUGCUAAUUUAGACUCCUUUAUUGCCAUAUCUUUAAACUAACAAUAGAUGAUUUCGGUAUAUAUAUAUAUUUUUUUUUGCUUAUUUAUAGGUGCUGUAUUUUAUUAUCUGAUUGUUAGGAAGGGAUGAAAGGGGCAAAUAUUCUUUAGAGGGAUAGACUGCCGGCAGUAUUGGGUAUAAUUUACAAGAUGUAGUUGUCAUACUGUAUAUUACUGAUUGAAAACUUUUUGACCGUAUUGUGUAUCAUUGAAACCUUUGUCUUAGGUCAACAUCUUUGGAUGACAUUUUAAUG